UCUAAAGACUGCGAUACAUUUAUUUCAAGUAUGGGAUACAUUAUGGAGAGCAGUACACAAGAAGAGCAAGAUUUUCCCAUAGCAUUUGGAAUACUGGUCUAUAAGGAUGUGGAUCAAGUUGAAAGACUGCUCAGAGCCAUAUAUAGACCUCACAAUGUAUAUUGUAUACAUAUAGACGCUAAGUCGUUCCCAAAAUUUUAUAAUGAGCUAAAAUCCAUUGUGUCUUGUCUACCUAAUGUUUGGAUCGCUUCAAGACGAAUCGCAGUCGAAUGGGGACAAUUCACAGUUUUAGAGCCAGAAAUAGUGUGUCAAAGGGAAUUGUACAUGCAUAAAACCAAAUGGCGCUAUUAUAUCAACCUCACAGGCCAAGAAUUUCCUUUAAAGACUAAUUAUGAAUUAGUACAGAUAUUAAAAUCAUAUCAAGGAGCUAAUGAUAUCUAUGGUAGUGUAAGCUUGAUGAACACACAUGAAUAUCGAAUAAACUCCGAACUCCCACCCCCUUAUGGCAUCUCGGUCUGUAAAGGUUCUGUUCAUAUGACAGCAUCACGAUCGUUCGUUCGCUAUGUCUUAUUGAACCAGGUAGCAAGAGAAUUUUUACAGUGGUGUAAAACUAUGGAAUUUCCCGAUGAAAGUUAUUUCACAUCAUUAAAUAAUAAUCCUCAUUUAAAAGCUCCUGGCUCUUAUACUGAUGUUGAUCGUAUUGGAUUUAACAGAUAUAAAAUAUGGACUGACAGUAAGAGACAAUGUGGUAGCAGAAAAUUUGUGCGCGACAUCUGUAUUUUGGGUAUGGCAGAUUUACCAAUGCUUACAAAAGCACCACAGCUAUUUGCAAAUAAAUUCCAUUAUGAAUUCGAACCGUUGGCUUAUGACUGUUUAGAA